GGGGGCGGUGUCAAGGGGCGGGGCCCCGAGGUUCCCGCCCACGUGGGCGCCGCCGCCGCCGCUGCCGCGGGCUGAGCGGCGCAGAGCGCGCGGUGAUUCCACGGCGCUCGAGGCGCAGGAUGAGAGCGUGACCAGGGAGGCCUCACCUCCUCACCUCACCUCCUCACUACCACCACCUCCUUGCCUCGCUCGCUCGCUCGCUCACCGCAUGCGGGAGCUGCGCGGCGUGCAAGGCGCGGCAGGAGCCCCCGGCGGGGAUGAGAUCGCCGGCUGCGGACGAGCGCGGGAGGAGGCGGCGGCGUGGCGAUGAGUCCCUGCGGGAGCACGCGGGCAGGAGCGUCCUCCUCCUACCCCGGGGCUUGAAGCCAUUUGUCUGCCGCUCGCCUCCACGCGGGCCCCACGCGACUCUGCGCCGUGUCCGCUCUGCGUAGUGGGGAGGCGUGAGGCUGCGGCGGGGAGCAGCAGCAGCAGCCCGCCACUUGAAGACGCGAGCCGACUGCGCGUUACCGCUACACGGCUCACGCUCGCUGUGAACACGGUGGGGUUUCUACAAAAAUACUUAAUCGAUUAAGGUCCCCGCACGACCGAGGGGGCAUCCAGCCAUGCGCCACGCGACCGAUACGUUCCUGGGGCUUUCUGAGAAGACCUCGAGAUGGGAUGGACCCUCUGGGGGGGUCUCGGUUCGGCCAAGGAUGCCCCUCUUAAACAUCAGCAUCAGCAGCAGCAGCCGUGGUGUCGUCUUGUAGGAAUGAGGAGCGUGGAGCCACUGACCGCCACCACGCGUGCGAGAUGAACACAACGGGCCGUGCCCACCACCACCGCCACCACCACCGCUCCGCGUGCGUUGCAGCCGAAUCAUGAAGUCGGCGAAGGUUUGGCGAGACGCGUCCGAGCGCUCCCGCAAGCUCGGACCCGAGCUGCGUCGCGUCGCGCUCGGCGUGAACGGCAGCGGCCUCCUCUCGCUGCCCUCGGCGCUGCAGCUGCAGCAGGAGGUCGUGGACGUGCUCGACCUGGGCAACAACGCCCUGGAGGAGCUUCCCGACGCCCUGGCCCAGCUGCUCGCCCAGCUGCAGGUGCUGGUGCUGCGCAGGAACCGCCUGUGCGCGCUGCCCGCCUGCGUGCUGGCGCUGGGUCAGCUGUGCGAGCUCGACCUGAGCCACAACCGCGUGGCGGCCCUGCCCGCCGACCUGCGGGCCUUGAGAAGCCUCCAGAAGCUGUGCGCGGCGCACAACCGCCUGCGCUCGCUGCCCGACUCGAUCGGGGACCUGGGCGCGCUCACGGAGCUCGACGUGAGCUUCAACGAGCUCGAGACGCUGCCCCGGCGCCUCGGGGACCUGCGCCGGCUGCGGGCGCUGGACGUGGACCACAACCGCCUCGCCGCCUUCCCCGAGCAGCUGCUGGCGCUGGCCGAGCUGGAGGAGCUCGACCUGUCCGGCAACAGGAUCGAGCGCCUGCCCGAGGAGGGGCUCCGCGGCCUCGGCAGCCUCACCGUGCUGUGGCUCAGCAACGCGCACCUCUCCGCCGCCCUGCCCGACGCCUUCUGCGAGUUGCGUCGCCUCGAGCACCUCAUGAUGGACGGCAACGAGUUGGAGGCGCUGCCCGCCGCCUUCGGGCGCCUGCAGCGGCUCAAGAUACUCAACCUGUCCUCCAACCGCUUCGCAGAGUUCCCCGCGGCGGUGACCGAGCUGUCGAGCCUCGAGGAGCUGUACUUGAGCAGGAACCUGCUGCCCGCGGUGCCCGAGAGCGUCUCGCUUCUGCGCAAGCUCACCGUGCUCUGGCUGGACAACAACCGCCUGCGCUACCUGCCCGACGGCCUGGUGGAGCUGGGCCAGCUGGAGGAGCUGGUGCUGCAGGGAAACCAGAUCGCCAUCCUGCCGGACAACUUUGGCCGGCUGGCCAACGUCAAGGUGUGGAAGAUCAAGGACAACCCCGUGAUACAGCCUCCGUACGAGGUGUGCUUGAAGGGGGUCUCGCACAUCGCGGCUUACCAGAAGGAGCUCUCCAGCCAAAGGUCCGCGGCGAGGCCCAGGCUCAAGCUGGUGCUGUUGGGCGCCGAGGGCUCGGGGAAGACGACGCUGAAGAGCUGCCUGACGGAGGAGAGCCCGGGCGACGGGGGCGCUGCGGGCGACGGGGGCGAGGGGAUAACCGCGUCCCACUGGGAGACGCCCGGCGACGCCGUCACCACCUUCGUGGUCUACGACCUCUCGGGAGCCCCCCACUACGAGCUGAUGCACCAGUUCUUCCUGUCCCCCGGCGCGCUCUACCUGCUGGUGGUGGACCUGGAGAGCUACGUCCCCGCGGCGUUCGACGGCGCCGUGGGCUACUUCUUGCGCCUGCUGGGCGGAAAGCUGCCGGGCUGCGUGGUGUGCCUGGCGGGGACACACUCGGACGGGUGCAGCGCCAGCGACCUGGAGGAGCGAUGCUUGGACAUUCACCUGCGCAUCGCGCUGCAGGAGCUCGGCGACUGCGCCCUGCUGAGGACUUCUAAGAGCGCCGCGGACGCCGCCAUGCGCGGCGGCGGCGGCGAAGGCGACGGACGCCUCCCGGAUCCUCCGGGUCCCGAGUUCCACGGCGUCUCGGAGAUGAACCUGGGCGUGAGGAGCGCCAGACUGGGCUUCUUGCUCAACCACCGCCUGCAGAUCCUGUCGCCCGUGCUGCCCGUCAGCUGCCGCGCCACCCAGCCCGGCGGCGGAGGCCCCGGUGGCGUGGCGCGGCUGCGCAGGCGGCUGCUGUCGGUGGCGGCGAGCGCGGACAUCUUCCCGGACCUGCACCGGGCGCUGCCGGCGUCGUGGCCGCGCCUGGAGCAGCUGCUGGGCCGCGCCGACCCGGGCCCCGGCGCGCCCGCGGGGCCGCGGGGGGACGCGGCGGUGCGCGCCGCGCUGGGCGCCGGCCUCUCGGAGGAGCGGCUCCGCGGGGCGCUGGCGCAUCUGCGCGCCUGCGGGAGGCUGCUGCACCUGGACGGGCGGGAGGAGGAGGGGGAGUCGGGCGACGGCGGCGGCGGCGUCCUGCUGCGCGGCCCGGCGCGGCUGCUGGAGGCCCUGAACGCGCUGUGCGAGAGGCGGCCCGCGGCGCUGCUGCGCAACCUGCGGCGCGCGUCGCGCCGCGCCGACGCGGACGUGCGGCCCGCGCAGCUGCGCCACUGCCUCCGCGGGUUCCUGCUGCACGGCCUCCUGCCCCUGCCCGCGCUGCGCUGGCUCCUUCAGCCGCAGCAGCAGCAGCACGAACAGCAGCAGCAGGAGGACCCGGACCUCAUGCUGCAGCUGCUGGAGCGGCUGGGGGUGUGCUACCGAGUGCGGCCGGGCCGGGGGGUCGGGGGAGCGGCCCUGGGCAGCCCCGCGGGCGGCGCGGGGCCCGCGGGCAGCGCGGCGGGGACGUGGUACCGCUUCCCGUGGAACGUGCGGACCGAGGCGCCGCCCGCCGAGGCGUGGCUCAACUCGGCGGGGCUGCUGGAGCAGGCGUUCGUCGUGGAGCAGCUCACCAUCGAGUUCCGAUUCCCGCUCUUCUGCCCGCCCGGCCUCUUCUCAAGGUACAGCGCCCGCGUGAACCCCCACGUGGUGGAGCGCUCGGACGGGCGGCACUGCGUGUGCGCGCACCGCGGCAAGGUGCCCGUCACGCUGAGCGUGCGGCGCCGUCGCCGUGGGUCUUCCCGGGGAUCUGACGUCCGGGAGGAAGACUCCUCUCCGGCCAAGCAUCAGCAGCAGCACGAAGAUGAGGAGGAGGAGGAGGAAGAGGAGGCCAAAGACUCGGAGCAGCCAGGAGGAGAGGGAGACGGCUCGGUAGCCGGCGACUUCGGGGACGGCGCGUCCGCGAGGAGCGGAGGCCCGGCCACCGUCUGCAUCGCGAGCCACGCCACGCUGGCCAACGUGUGGACGGCCUGGCAGGCGGUGCUGCCGCUGGUGGAGGAGCUGAGCGCGCUGCUGCAGGAGUGGCCCGGCGUCCACUACACGCUGCACGUGCUCUGUGCCAAGUGCCUGCGCCGCGGGUGCCCGGACCCGCACGCCUUCCCCGGCGAGCUGCUCAGCCAGCCACGGCCAGAGGGCGUCACGGAGCUGGUGUGCCCGCGGGACGGCACGGGCUCGGAGAGAGUGCACGUGUCGCUCGUGUACCCCCCCUCGCCCAUCUCCCUCAAGCCCUGCCCGCCCUUGCCCUGCUCGCUGCCCCUGCCACCGUCGCCGUCUCCGGGACCCUCUCUGUCCCCGUCUCCCACCGCCCCCGGCGGUCCGCACACGCUCCCGGCCGCCACCACCACCACCACCACCUCACCCGGCUCCUCGCUCAGCCUCUCUCUCACGUCUGUGUCCAGCCCGAGUCCCCUGGACUCCCGUCCCGCUUCGAAACCACCCUCGCCCUCUCCCUCACCCGCGACGCGUGCCGGCACGCCCGCCGACCGGCACGCCGGAUCGCCGCCCAAUCCGCCAAACUUGGAGUCUCUCAGCUCCACGGAGACGCUGCACGCGCGCCUCUACCCCAGCGCCGUGAUGACCACGCCCAAGCCGGGCGCGACGUGCUGCCCGCAGGACGGCCAGCCGGGCGGAGCUGCCAGGGCUCGCCCCCACCCACCGAGCAAGCCCAGCAUCGUCACGCACAUCGGCACCCACCCCGUGCGCCGGCCGCACGCCGCCGACGGGAGGCCCGCCGCCAGGACCGCCACGGCAGCGCACGGUCCGCACGCGGCCGUGACUGCGCACGCUCGGGUCAACGGCUCGGCGUCGGCGCCAGGCACGGCCUCGCGUCCCCGGUUAGUCGCUCCGCACCAGCAGCAGCAGCAGCACAGCGCCGGCGUCGGUAGCAGAACGACGCGGCCGCAGGGCCGUGCCAGCCACAGCUCGGCGCCGCACUCGCCCACGGAGCCGCUUCCGCCGGCCUGCGCGCAGCCGCGGAGCCUGUCGUGGCCGACCGUGCACGGCGCCGCCGCCGCCACCGUCACGAGCGCGACCUCCACCCUCGCUCCGAACCCCACCACGACUUCCCGGCCACACUUCAGGAACGGCGCGCGACCAGGACCCUCGGCCAAGUGAGGGAUGGGCCGCGAGCUGCCCCCGCCCGGCCGGGUUCGGCAGCGCGAGAGCGAUGGCCGCUGUCCGUUCCCUGUUGUGGAGCCCCUGGAUCUAACCCCUUGGGACUGCUCGAGGGGGGAACCCACGUGACCGUCGCCACGCGAGACCGAGGAAGUGCCACGUAUUCACGGUCUCUACGUAUUCAUGUUCUCUCCCGCUGCCAUUUGCUUGGCGAUGACUUUGGCCAACCCUUAUCGACGUGCGGCUCGGCAGAGGCGGCAGAGAGAAAGGCGCACGGAGCCGCGCUCGCUGCGUGGGGGGGGGGGGCGCGCCGACUGCCGUGCCGUGACGAUGCGCUGCUUGGAAAGAGCAGAGCGAGCCCGCGUGUGGACUUCCUCCUCCUCCUGCUCCCCCUCGCUGUGGCCGCAUGUCUGGGUUCUCCACGCUGCUCCACCCGCAACGCUGCCGGCCGGUCAAGAGGGCCUUCUCUGUGCGCUCUCACGGCAGUGCGGAUGCCCACGCUCUAAG